GAAAUCACUCUCUCACGCUCUCACACUCACUGCGAACGAAGCCCAUGAGGAAGCAGAAGACGAAACAGCCCUCAAAGAUGUGGGUGGGUUGUUGUUGAGGAAGAGAGCACACAAGCAUCUCCGAUAAUUCGGAAAAUUGGACCGCAGCAUUUGUUUGCUUGCGGGAGCAAACGCCAAACCCAGCCAGGUGCUGGAUGCAUGGGGCGACGAGGACGGAGGCUAAAAAGGCUGCUGAUGCAGCGCAGCGGCAUUGGAGAACCCCCCGCCCCCACCUCUCCCACUUCUCCCACCAUCCCUUGGAUGGCGAUGGUGGGCGAGAGCGAGCGUGUGGGGACUGCAUUGCAGACUGUCUGCCCCGGAGCCGCCACAUCUCUGCGGGAUUAUGGUUGACUGCUGCUAUAAACAGAGACGUCGCUCGCCCCCUGACUCCACACCCUCUCUGUCCAGUCUUUGCCUCUCCCCCUGCUGCCCUGGGGAGAAGCAGCUUUUCUCGCUGGUGCUUGUAUCCCUCUUCCCUUUCCUAUAAUUGCUCUGUAUGCUGUUGGAUUCCUCGUUGCUGGGGGUUUCAGAUGGUGGGUGCGCGCGUGGGUAGGUCAGAUUAUCCGCCGCACUUGUGAAUUCUUUCAAUCAUCAUGUAGGUACGAAUUUUCUUUACCUCAAAAUUCCAUAAAAAAAUCCUACUACUGGUUUGGCUUUGACAACAAACAAGUGAAUAUUAAGAUGCUGAUCAGUUUGUUGUUGAUGCUCUAUGUCGUUGUAUCCACGAAUUGUUAAAUCAAAAGCAAAUUUGGAAUUAUUUCGGCUAGGUGAACUGUGAAUGCCAAUUCAAGUUUCUGAUCCAAAACUCUUUGUUUACAACAGAAACGCGAUUUUGUUGUUUGGGCCGGCUCAUGAGCUGCAAAUUCAGUUUUAAGAGCUUAUUCGUACACUCAUGUAGUUGAAACUGAUUCAUUUGGUGUUUCAAUGUCUGAAGAAAUGGUGACUCUCAAUCGGAUUGCUUAAUUGCACUGUUGACGCUACCCUUCCUGAGCUAAGUAGGCACGUGGCCCGAGGCAGAGCUGCAGUGCAAUCACUCUGAAAAUGAGAGUGCAUUGAAACUCGUCCCUGCCUUAAGUCUAAGGAAUAGAUUAGGUAGGGUGGAACGAUUGCUUAAGCAAGCAAGUUCAUAUUUGCCCAACCAGCUACCCUUGAGACAAGGCUUGUUUGCCUUUGGGCAAGGGCUUUAGAGAUAUUCCUAAGCCCUUGUUGUUUUGUCUAUCACUCUUGAGCUAUUUGUAGCCUAGUUAUAUUUGUUCACCACUUUCCUUGAUAGAAAAGGUUUGGGUUAUAUCUUCUACUGUAAGAAUGACAAAAUGGUAGUAAAGUAGAUAUCACAUUUUGUCAAUGAAGAUGUUUAUUUGUGGCAGUCUUGGUAUUGAAAUUUGAAGUUUGAAUGGAAUCCAAGUGAGAUUUUUAUCAAAA